AUGAAGUGGGUCAAUUUAUUAAGUUGGUCUCUGUUAUUUAUAUCUAGUUUUGCAUUAGCUGAAUCUGACUCAAAACAUAAACAUCAACAACGUCGUCAUGAUAGUAAUGUUUAUCUAUUGAGCAAUGGGAAAGUGGUUUCUAAUGAUGAUACCACUUUAUUAACUAAACAUGAAGCCAUGACUUAUCUUGACACAUUUUUGGAACUUGAUGAACCAUAUGUCAAAUUGGGUGAUAAUGAUCAAUUAAUUGAUUUACUUAAUGGAUUAUGGGAUACUAAAAAACUAGGAUCCCCUAAAUUGAUUGUUAAUGUCAAAGGUGAAGAUUUAGAUGCAACACCAAUGUUUAAAACUAAACAUUUACCAUUACAUAAAUUAAUGAAAAACUUAGUUACAAAUGUACCAUCCGUACAACUCUAUAAAUUGACACCAGAAUUAAAAUAUGUCACCACUACUGAUAAUGAAGUUGAUAGUUCUUCAUUGGUUCAUCAUUUUAAUUAUUUCACUGAAAAAUUGGAUUCUAUUUGGAAACAAUUUAAUGCAAAGCAUCAACAAGAAAUUCAACUGUAUACACCUACAAAUGAUAAAUUGUUUAUCAAUGAAUUAUCUCAAUUGAUACAUUUGGGUGAAAAAAUCAAUCAUACUACUGGUAAAUCUACUGAUGUUUUCUUUUUCGAGGUAUCUUCAUUAUUAUCAAUCAAGAGAAAAAUUGGAUCUUCUUCAACUACAUUUAUUCAUGCCAAGGAAGCUAUGACUGAUUUAUUGUUGAAAUUAUCUCAAACUUUCGACAUUAUUGUGGUUACUUUCCCACAGAUUCAAGAAUUGUCUCAUUUGAACAAGAGAAACGUUGAAUUAUCAGUUAAAUCAUUUCAAUACGGUACUCAAGCAGCUUGUGAAGUUGCUACCAACAAAUGUAAUUCUCAUGGUAAAUGUACUCAAGUUGGUGAUAAUUGGGCAUGUCAAUGUGAACCAUCAUUUAAUAAAACUACUUCAAAAACUACAACUUGGGUUGGUCAUGAUUGUUCCAAAAAAGAUGUUUCUGUAGAAGCAAAUCUUUUCCUUUGGACCAGUAUUGCCUUAGUGGUGAUUUUAGUUGGUGGUAUUCAAUUGAUGUUUGGAAUUGGUAAUGAUCCAUUACCAGGUGUGUUAGAUGCUGCUACUAUUCCAAAAAAGAGUAAUUUGUAA